AUGAAUCAUUCUCCAGAAUAUGAUGUUGCAGUUAUUGGUGCAGGGAUUUCUGGGAUUGUUACUGCAAAGUGCCUUUUAGAUGACAAGUUCAAUAUUAUUGUUUAUGAGAUGAGUGACCACGUUGGGGGACUGUGGCAGUUUACGGAGGAUGGCUAUGGAGUGAUGAGAUUUACCACGAUGUAAGAAGUAACCAUAAGUUAAAGAUUUACCUUUAAUUUUUGAAAAGUCAUAGUUAUAACUUAUUACUCAAUCUGCUAAUUUUGAACGAUCAUAUAUCACUUGAAAUGAUUAGGAAUUGAUGGUUCAUUCCUUUUAACAGGGUUGCCUCCAAACAGAACGACUGCUUCUCCGACUUUCCAUUCCCCGAUCAUGUUCCUGAUUACCCAAGCCACACACACAUGGCAGAAUACAUUAAAAGUUACACCAAGCAGUUUGGUUUGGAGAAGCACAUCUGUUUUAACACCAAGGUGGUCAAGAUUGAAAAAGCAGCAGAGGGAUGGAAAAUGAUGACAGUCGAAGUCGACAACAAAGGCAAGCACAAGUCUGAAUACAAGGAAACAUUUGUGAAGUUUGUCGCCAUAGCAUCUGGUCAUCACGCCAAGCCAAGCAUGCCACAGUUUGAAGGCCAGGAAACAUUUCAUGGAAGAAUUUUUCACAGCAGAACUUAUAAAGAUGCCAUAACUAAUGACCUAGUAGGGAAAAAAGUAGUUGUAGUAGGAAUCGGUAAUAGCGCUGUAGAUGUAGCGGUGAAUGUAACAGAGUUGGGAGGGGAAAAGCCCGUUAACAUUUCCUCGAGAUCGGGUGCAUGGAUUGUUCCUAAUUACAUAUUCGGGUUCCCUGCUGAUCAUUAUGCGACCCGCCUAUUCUUCUGGCUUCCUCGGAGCAUUUCCAGUUUUCUCUUUGAGUUUAUGAUUCAAUGUGUGACCGGCAGCCCAUGGCAGUGGAAACUAAACCCCAAAAUGCAUGCUCGCCAAACACAACCCACUGUCAACUCGACAUUGAUUUAUCAGAUACAAAGACAAAAUAUUGUAGUAAGACCUAACAUUGCAGCACUUAAGAAAAAUAAAGUGAUCUUCGCUGAUGGAUCUCAAACCACUGCAGAUGCAGUGGUUUGUUGCACUGGGUAUCAGAUCGAUUUGCCUUUUUUUGACAGCGACAUCAAAGAUCUAGUUGUCGAUGAAAGCACCAACCAAAUCAAACUUUUCAAAAAUGUUUUUGCACCUGACAUCGGCCCUUCCUUGGCAUUUAUAGGUUUGGUACAGCCCUCAUCUGGUGGUUUGCUAUCAAUUUCUGAAAUCCAGGCAAGAUGGUUCUCGGAGCUGUGUAAAGGCUCUGUCAAACUCCCCUCAGCGGAGAAGAUGCGCCAAAAAUUUGCGAGGGACAAACAGAGCAGUGAGGGUAUUUACUAUGCUUCACCAAGGCAUACAAUUCAACAAGACCCGAUGACUUACAAUGACGAGAUUGCAUCAUAUUUUGGUGCUAAGCCACAACUAUGGAAGCACCCUUCCUUAGCAUGGAAUUUAGUCGUUGGCAGCUGUGGGGCGGCCCAGUAUAGAUUGCAGGGCCCUCAUAAGUGGAGGAGGGCUAGAGAAGUUGUACGCUCUGUCCCGGUAACGCCCUUGAUGCACUACACCGCAUUGUUUUUGCUUCUGGGGUUACUUUUCAUCACAGUGUUCGUUUUCUAUAAAACAUUGUUUUAA